AUGGACGACUUCAAUCACUUCUGGUUGCAAAACUUUGGCCAAGACCUUACUUCAACCGCGCUACCUGAUCCUGUGCCUAUGACUCCACCGUCUGAGGCCCGGGACGAUUGCUUGAGAAAGUUAGGCAAUCUUCAAGCCAGUGUUGUUGCCGGCCUCGAGACUGUCAAGUGCUGCAUUACUGCCGAUAAAUGCCCCGAGGCACUUAACUCAUCGGGAUUAAACCCUGUCACGAGUCAAAAUCUCAUGAUCGGGCGGAUGUUAGACUAUUCCACGUCUUUGAUUGAUAUACUGAAUCAAUUUCAGCCUUGUGCCAGCUCUGCGCCGUUUGAAUUGACUUGCGAUACACCGACCAUGUUCGUGCUGCUUUCAUGUUACAUUGGCUUGGUACGAAUCUAUCGAACGAUUCUAUCCUGCGUACUGGACUGUCUCCCGAUUCUUCUGGGAAUACAACAUCCGAUACCCCAAUUGUUCCCUGGUAUGAAUCUCGGGGGCUUCAAAUUGGAGGCUCGACUUGAUAUUCAAGUAAAGAUUCUUGUACAAAUAAGCGACGACAUGCUCGGAAAGAUUGAAUCAAGAUUUGGCCUUGUUGGAAAUAUCUUUCAGCCCACAUGGGGUGAUGCUGACCCAGGGCAAGGCAGCUCGAAUAUUAUCAACUAUGUUGGAAGAAGAAGCCAAUGA